AUGAUGUCGUCCNUCGGUCGCGGCGCCGCGCUGCCGACCACCCCGGAGGAGACGAGCCCGUCGGCGGCGCCGCGAGACGCGCGCCGGCAGGGCGCGGGGGUGGGCCCCGGCGGGCGGCCGGCGCGGCCCCGGCGCGGGCUGUCGCUCGACCGCCUGCUGCCGGCCGUGGCGCGCCCGCCCAUCCCGCACGCCGCCACCGAGGAGGCCCCGCGCCGCCCGCGCCGCGACCGGCCCCCGCUGCGCCGCUCCAUCCGCCUCGAGGACGACGAGGCGGCCGCCGAGGAGCGCCGCCGCGUCUUCCACCACGGCCCGCGCGCGCCCUCCUUCGACGAGGGCGACGCCAGCGACGAGCACGAGGAGUGCGAGUGCGCACGCCUCUCGCUCGAGCGCUCCGGGCCCUCCGCCGAGGAAACCGACUACGAACCGGAGCUCGCCGUCUCGCCCCCGUCCGUCGACCCCCCGCCGGACCCGCGGCCCGUGUCCUCGGACCGCGCGCUCGCCGACCGCCGCGACGGCCCGCUCGCACUUCGCGCCCCCUCGCGCGCUCACUCUCAAGGUGUCUUCGAACGCCGUCUCCCUAGAAUUUAUAAGUUUGGCCUUGACAAAUCUAAACGAGCGAGUUCGAGCGCGUUGUACGACCGGACGGAUCGCUCGCCGACCGAGGCGUUUUAUAAUGCGACCGGCUCAACGAGACUCAGCUCGCAGGAACUUUUUGAAAAAUUCUGCUCAGAGGAAUUUACGUCACUUUACGGGCGAGAUGACGACCGACGUCGUCGUCCGCCGCACUCGAAAUCGACGGGCAGCAGCGGCUCCGACGUCCGCCAUGAGCGCGCCUGCUGCCGCCGCACUCCUUGUGGCUCGCAACCGGCUUUGACUCGGCGACACCUGUGUCAGGCUCCAAGGUCCGAUCGGUCAACGGACUCGGAGGAUACAUCACCGAGGCGAUCUGUGCCCCACAAUUUACCCCUAGAUCCUGAUGUCCCCCAAUCCGAUGACUGCUCGCGAUCGGCACCACUCCUCAGCCCGGACCGUUUUGAGGCUCGUUUCACGUUCGACAUAUCAGAGCGCAGCGAAGUGACCUCGAAUCGUGACGAGACCCCCUCAGAUGCGACUGAAACUCGCAACCUCACACUCUACGAGGAACCUCACUCGGACCGCACGAGUCUCUGCGAGUUGUAUGACGCCGCGUUUACAUCACAACGACCAUCAUUCCGACGUGACAGUUCGCGUCGAAGAGGUGGGCCUUUUGAUCUAAGCGCCCUAGAUUUUCGGGCGAUCGACGAUGAGAGCCCUCGAAAUAGCCGUCGAACUUCCCAGCGGAGCGUCGAUGAUACGCUGCGGCAAAAUUCAGAGUCGCGGAGUUGGGCCUCAGAUUCCGUGUUCACGACUCCGGAACGACGGUAUCAUCCAGACGCAUCGUCACCGUCCUCGGCUGACACCCGGCGUCUGGCGAUACCGAUCGAUUCGCCCCGAGCUGACUCCGCCGCAGCGGAUUCGACAGUAGCGGACACCACCGUGAUCGAGGAGGAGGUGCCGAGUGUGAUAGAGCGGGCGGAAUACGCAUUAGCUCUGAGACUGGGGAGGAUCGAUCUGGACGACGAGACGACGUCGGAAAAGACUGAGCCAUCGGAACCGCGGAUGUCCAGUCGGCCUUCGAUGCACAAGCUGGAGCCGAUUGAGCCGGCGCGGUUGUGCGGCGGCGGCAGCGAAGGGGACGCCAGCAGCGUGCGGUCGGCGGCCGUGGGCCGGCGGCGGCGGGGCACGAGCGAGCCGCCGCGGCGCUCGGCGCGCUGCUUCCCGCUCUGA